AUGGAGUUCAUCCUGCUGGGCUUUCAGACUGAGCGAGCGACAGGGAUCCUUCUGUUGUGCACUUUCCUGCUCAUGUAUGUGACUUUGCUGAUUGGCAACACCAUGAUCAUCCUCCUGGAGUGCGGGGACCACUGCCUGCACUCACCCAUGUAUUUCUUUGUAGCCAAUCUUUCCUUCCUGGAGGUCACCAUCACCUCCACAGUGGUGCUGAAGAUGCUGGCCACCAGCUUGUCCCCCUCCAGAGCAAUCUCCUUCAUGGAGUGUCUCACACAAUCUUUCUUCUACUUCCUCCUGGGGUCCACAGAAUUCUUCAUCCUGGCUGUCAUGCCCUUGGAUCGAUACGUUGCCAUCUGCAACCCACUGAGUGGGGGGUCCUACAGCUGCAUCAUCACCACCAUUGUUAGGGCCCCCUCUGUCCAGGGACGGUGGAAGGCCUCCACCUGCAUCUCUCACAUCACCGUGGUGACACUUUACUACGGAAGCUCCAUCUUCAUCUACGUCCACCCCAGGAAGGGUGACGGGAUGGACGUGAACAAGUUUGCCACAGUUCUCAACACGAUUGUGACCCCCAUGCUGAACCCUUUCAUCUACAGCUUCUGA